GCCACUUCCGCUUCCGGCUCCUGCAUCCGGGGACCCGGCGGGCGGCGGGAAGCCGGCGGGGCGCGCGCGUGGGGCCGAGAGCGAGAGCGAGAACCGCGGCGCCGGGCCCGUCUCCAGGGUAACCGGCCCCGCCCGCCCGGCGCCUCCCGCCAUGGGCGACAGCGACGACGAGUACGACCGGCGGCGCCGCGACAAGUUCCGGCGCGAGCGGAGCGACUAUGACCGGUCCCGGGAGCGCGACGAGCGGCGGCGGGACGACUGGAGCGACAGGGAAUGGGACCGCGGCCGGGAGCGCCGGAGCCGGGGCGAGUACCGGGACUAUGACCGCAACCGCCGGGAGCGUUUCUCUCCCCCCCGGCACGAGCUCAGCCCGCCCCAGAAACGCAUGCGCCGAGACUGGGAUGAGCACAGCACUGACCCUUACCACAGCGGGUACGAGAUGCCGUACAGCGGGGCCACCGCCGGCCCCACCUACGGGCCCCCCCAGCCCUGGGCGCACCCCGACAUGCACGUGAUGCAGCAGCACCAUCUCCUGCCCAUCCAAGCCAGCAGACUAGGCAACAUUGCGGAGGUGGACGUGGGCAUUGCCCCGCCCGUCAUGAAGAGUUUCAAGGAAUUCCUGCUGUCCCUGGACGACUCGGUGGACGAGACGGAGGCCGUCAAGCGCUACAACGACUACAAGCUGGAUUUCCGGCGCCAGCAGAUGCAGGACUUCUUCUUGGCGCACAAGGACGAGGAGUGGUUUCGCUCCAAGUACCACCCGGAUGAAGCGGGGAAGAGGAAGCAGGAGGCCCACGGCGCCCUGCAGAACCGGCUCAGCGUCUUCCUCUACCUCAUGGACAACGGCUGGUUCGAGAGCUUGCAGCUGGAUAUCGACAAGGCCAACGCGAUCGUCAAGAUGCUGGACGCCGCCGUUAUCAAGAUGGAGGGAGGCACGGAGAACGACUUGAAGAUCCUGGAUCAGGAGGAAGAGGAGGAGAGGCAGGACAAGGCCGAGUCGGGGAAGAAGGAUGAGGCCCGGCUGUCCGACGCCGACCGCAAGGGCUCGGACAAAGAGGACAAGAAGGAAGAAGGCAAAAAGGCUGACGGCGACGAGCCGGUGGAGGAGAAAGCCAAGAAGUCCUCCGAGGAGGAAGAGGAGAAGCCGGAGAAGGAGGAAGAAGCAGAGAAAGAGGCCAAAAAGGCCAGCAAGAAGCGCAAACGGAAGCGCAGCGGGGAUGACAGCUACGACGAGGGGAGCGUCUCCGAGUCCGAGACAGAGUCCGAGAGCGGCCGUGCCGAGGACAAGGAGGGUGAGAGACGCAGGGGCCUGUCCCCUCUAGGGGGCGCCGGCUCCUGCCUGCAGCGGGGACUGGCUGGCUCAGGGGGGUGGGGAAUGGGGCAGGAGCCUGUCCCAUCUAGGGGGUGCCGGCUCCUCCCCGGCCCGGGCGAGGGGUCCCUGGGUAACCGGCCGCCCCGCCCCAGAGGUGGCCGCGUCUCAGCGCCGGGCGAGGGGUCCCUGGGUAACCGGCCGCCCCGCCCCAGAGGAGGCCGCGUCUCAGCUCAGUCUGCGUCUCCCCCCCAGCUGCGGGAGUGCGAGCUGAGCCCCGGCGUGAACCGCGACCUGACCCGCCGCGUCCGCAACAUCAACGGCAUCACGCAGCACAAGCAGAUCGUCCGCAACGACAUCAAGCUGGCGGCCAAACUCAUCCACACCCUGGACGACCGCACCCAGCUGUGGGGGGCGGGGGAGCCCCGUGAGGCCCCCCAGGUCUCGAGCCUGCCCUCCCAGAACCCCAUCCUGAAGAACAUCACGGACUACCUGAUCGAGGAGGUGAGCGCCGAGGAGGAGGAGCUGCUGGGCAAGACGGGGGAGGCGGCCGACGAGCCCCCCAAGGAGGGGAACCCGGCAGAGAUCAACGUGGAGAGGGACGAGAAGCUCAUCAAGGUGAGGGGGACGGGGAAUGGGGCAGGGGCCUCCAGGACUCCUGGGUUCCCUCUGGCUCUAGGAGGGCAGCGGGGGGCUAGCGGUUCAAGCCAGGGGGCCGGCGCUCAGGACUCCUGGGUCCCCUCCACAGUGGCCGAGUGGCAGAAGACCUUCGAGGAGAAGCUGGCCCCGCUCUCCACCGUGAGGGAGUCGCUGUCAGACGAGGAGGCCCAGAAGAUGGGCAAGAAGGACCCUGAGCAGGAGGUGGAGAAGUUCGUCACGGCCAACACCCAGGAGCUGGGCAAGGACAAAUGGCUGUGCCCGCUCAGCGGCAAGAAAUUCAAGGGCCCCGAGUUUGUGCGCAAACACAUCUUCAACAAGCAUGCGGAGAAGAUCGAGGAGGUGAAGAAGGAGGUGUCGUUCUUCAACAGCUUCCUCAUGGACGCCAAGCGCCCAGCGCUGCCCGAGAUCAAACCCAACCAGCCCCCUGGACCCGGGCAGGGUCUCACCCCUGGGCUGCCCUACCCACACCAGACACCCCAGGGGCUGAUGCCGUACGGACAGCCGCGCCCGCCUAUUAUGGGAUACGGUGGCGGCCCCCCCUACCCUCACGCCCCCUACGCCGCCGGCCGUGGUAAUUAUGACACCUUCCGGGGGCAGGGCGGCUACCUCAACAAACCGCGCAACAGGAUGGUCCGGGGCGACCCCCGCGCGAUCGUCGAGUACAGAGACCUGGACGCCCCCGAAGACGUGGAUUUCUUCUGAGUGAGACGGCCCCACCCCUUGUUUUAAGCCCCCCGCCCUGUUCCCCACAAACUGCCCCUCUCACCCCUCCACCCCCUCGGGUUUUUUAUACGAGUCUCCGCCACCGAAUUCCCCACCUCACCCCCACCGCCGACUGUUUGUACAUUUCACCUCGUCGGUCCCAGCUCCGUUUCAAUAAAUACCUGGAUGUAACC